AGUCGCCAUAAACGUCUGACUUUCAGCUAAUCGCUGGAUGGUUUACUUUACCGCAGGAUUUAAGGCUUACCCAAGUGGAAUUACAAGAGAAUCGACUAGACUCGCCGCCGGAAAGGGAAGAUGAGAGUACUCCAAAUCCUCGCCGGAUUGGCCAUGUUUUCGUUUCCUUACGUACUCGUAUACAGCAGCGUUGGAUUGAAGGAAAACUUUAACAACUGGUCGAUAUUUAAUGUUACAUUUGGCUAUUUUUUGGCUUCGCAUGCCGCCAAGGUCUUGAUAAUGGUCUCUGGGAUUCCAGAAUUAUUUGUCCGUCUAUUCAUUCCAGAGAAAUUUGUACUUUCUCUACUAAACACCGUAGCCGCUGCCGGUAUAUACUUUGCGCUCCAAUCAAAGAGCAUAUCAUCUGCAAAUAAUGAGCACAAGAUUUUGGGAAUUGGUAUCUUUUGGUCGCUGCUCGACCACAUUAUCCCGUUCUUUCACGAGACCCUGAGGGUUUUCAAGAGUCUCGAUUACUCGUACAAGUUUUACUAUUUUGCGCUGCAAGCAAACUUUAGCGUCAUUGGCUACAUUUCACUCACAUGCAUCACGCUCAUGUACAUUAAAGGGAAACCGUGUGUACACUUGCUAUACAUACUCUUUGGGGCCUACGUUGCCAUUUUUCCUAUUCUCACAGGUUUUGCGACGGCAGAUGGUCUCUUGGUUCCCCUAGGGAACAUUAUAGUUUUCGCAGUUCAGGCAGUUUUGGGAGUCGCCUUUGGCUACGCUGUCAAGCACUUUUACAAAAAGUCCCUCGUUAAAGCAUAG